AACUUCUUGGUUAACGCAUAAUAAAGAUUAGUUCCUCAGUGCAUUCAGUUUGACCUUGCUAUUACAAGUCAGAGUUAGGCUAGUGCUUGCACGAGUGUUGUACGUGUCGUAUCAUAAAGUUCCCUCGUAAUUACAGUUACGGCAUUUUCCUUAUAUAGUUAUGUAAGUGAUCAGUUGAGCAAAAUUAUUUCCUUUCUUGAGUUAAACAAAGUAAACAAGGGAAGACGGAAUUUAAUCCCCUAGUGACAAGGGGGUUGCCCUAGUAACACAGUUUGGAACCUAAAGCAACAAAUGUUAGAGACUCUCUAAAGGAAAAACCGAGUGUUCAAGGACGUUCUCGAGUUUGAUGCAAAGAGAGAAAUACGAAGCAUCUGGUACUCUAGAUUGAAGUUACAAACCGGCUGCCAAGGAUAAGAAUCCUAACUUAAUAGGGUAGCAGUUGAAGAGUGACUUUUCCAAUAAAUUCAUCAACAUGGAAGAACGAGACCCAUUUGAUAUCAAUGGUUCACGAAGCGACAUCUGGUGGGGCUCAAACCAGACAAAUCUCACGGAAUUCGACUACAUUGCGAACAGUACUGAUUUCCCUUCUAGUGAGAAGAAACAGCUUCUUGUGUACGACAUUAUCAUCCCAGUAAUAGGAGUGAUAAUUGUCAUUGCUAAUUCGGCUGUGGUCAUUUCAUCUGGCCUCAUUUUGAAGAAGGGCGUUUCUUCUAAAGCUACGUACCUGUUCUUGGGAAACCUGGCUAUGUCGGAUGUUCUGACCGGUGUCACUAUUUUAGUUGGACAGUUCUACCCUGAUUCCAUCCGAACUCAACUUUCAUGCCUAAUACAGCUUGGAACCAUUGUUAGUGCAACAUUAGCAUCCAGUUGGAGCAUUACUUUGAUUGGUAUUGACCGUUUUAUUUUCAUAGUUUAUGGACUGUAUUACAAUAUUUGGAUGACGACAAGACGCGCCAGGAUUAUGAUUGGAGGCGUGUGGUUUCUAUGUUUUUUGAUUGGUUUUUCUCCGGCUAUGGGCUGGUCCUAUCCAGGCGACGGGUCAAGGUGUUGGUAUGUCUCAGUAGUGAAGCCAUCAAAUCUCGUGUUCACUGUUGUCGUUGGAAUAUUCUUGCCCCUUGGAUUCAUUACUGUAUUGUACUCUUUCAUACUGUACAAGGCCAUUCAUCAGGUGGACAUCAGGAAAGAGGGAACGGAAGAGAAACCCAAAGAAAACAUACAAAUGUCUGAAAGUCGUGGUCAGCAAACUUCGAGAGCUGUCACGUCUGAAGAUGGUAAUCGAGGUCAGAAUUCAGCAACUGGUGACUUGAACGUUGUCAAGAAAACGAAGAAGAAAUGGAAAGCCAUCAAAGUGGUGCUGUUUACACUUGGAGCUUUUGUAAUAUCGUGGUUUCCUUAUUUCAUCGCUUCAUUGAUCUAUGUUUUUCGCCCGAGUUUGAAGUUAGCUGUGGCCAUAGCCAGUAUUUUGGCAAUGCUCGGGUUCUUAAAUUCCUUCCUUAAUCCUGUUAUCUACGCUUGGUGGCACAGAGGACUACGCAAGUUCAUCAUGGAAGAUUGUUUGUUUUGCAAGAAGAAGAAGAAGAAGGCGGUUUAUCGUCCUGGAGGUCCUAGAAGUAAAACUAGUUUGUCCAGUACUUCCACCACCAAAAUCAGCACAAAUUCGUCCACACUGAGCGAACCCCGAUCCCCUGGUGCUUCACAAGCGUAAAACAGAAACGGCGCAAAAUUGCACGUAUCAUUUAGAUUUUAUAUGAAAAUAUAGGACGUACAGCGAUUACAUCGCCUUUGGGAUUAGAGUUUUGUCAACGUCUUUGUUUUAUGGCCAUAUUUUAGUUACUAUAUGAUAAGUACAUAUAAGUAGUUUUCGAAUUUGUAUCACUGAAGCAGUACAGAGGUGUGUUUCGGAAUACGGUUUUUGUAAAACGACACGAUUGGUCGUAUUUGCUAAAUCAUUUUGACAGUAUUAACUUCAUCAAAAGAAAGUCAUCUCUUGUGGAUUUCACCAAAGCUUAACAACGUGUAUCUCAUAAAGGUAAACUUGCAUCAGCUUUUGCUAAAUUGUUUUAAAAAAGUAAUUAAACUUGAACGUCGAAUGCAUUUUAAAUACAUUUUGUACCAUAUUUUGUGUUUGUAACAGUGUAAUGUGUUAGCAGAUAUGUCGCUUGUAUCAUUUAAAAUCUCUUUUGAAGAAAGAACUAUAUAGUAUGGGAAACGAAUUUGAAGAAAUUUAUAACGUUAAUUAAAUGGAAAACUCGAAGAAGUCACUUGCUCCGAAAGAUGUACAGAUGGCGCCACCAUCUAUUAGUAAUGAAGCUUGGUGCUUUUGUGCAACAUCUGGAGAAAUUAUGAAGCGUGCAAUAAAAGAAGAACAACAACAAAGACUUGGUGAAAGAAUUAAAAAGUUGAUAGAAAUCAACGAAAGUAUCAUGAACAACAGCAAGGAAAUUCACAAUUUUAAAACAAAAA